UCUCCCUCCUUUACAAUCCGGUCUGUUUUCUCAUUCAUUUCUCACACUUCACUUCAUACAGAGAGAAAGCUUGGUGAUGACGAAGCUCCUCCACGCCUCUCACUUCACCUCCAUCCACCGCCGCGGCUUCUCCGCAGCCACACUCUCCAAACCUCCUCUUCUCCUUCACCUCACCUCCUCUCUCUCCCCUCUCCACUUCCAGUGCCGUUUCUCUCUCUACAAUCCCCUCUCAAAACCUCAGCCUCUCCUCCAAUCUUCCCCCAAUUCAUAUCAUCACCGAGACCUCUCGAUUCGAGCUUUCGAUUCCUCGUCUGAGCAAGUCAAAGAAGCCAAUUCUGGUGAAGCUGAGAGCAAGUCUGGUCCCGAUGAUGGUAAUGGAAGUGUGAUAGGCUCUGUUGACGAUUAUCCGAGUGGCGAAUUCGAGUUCGAAGAGUUCGGUGCGUGGAAGAGCUUUGUCGUGAAGCUUCGGAUGCUUAUUGCGUUUCCUUGGGAGCGUAUUCGCAAGGGCAGUGUUCUGAACAUGAAGUUACGCGGCCAGAUAUCUGAUCAGCUAAAGAGCCGUUUCUCUUCAGGAUUAUCUCUGCCUCAAAUUUGUGAAAAUUUCAUGAAAGCAGCAUAUGAUCCUCGUAUCUCUGGUAUCUAUCUCCACAUUGAACCCUUGAAUUGUGGUUGGGGCAAAGUUGAAGAAAUCCGGAGGCAUAUAUUGGAUUUUAAAAAAUCAGGUAAAUUCAUUGUGGCUUAUGCACCUGCGUGUGGAGAGAAAGAGUAUUACCUUGGUUGUGCUUGUGAACAGCUAUAUGCUCCUCCAAGUGCUUAUUUUGCUUUGUUUGGUUUGACAGUUCAAGCCUCAUUCCUUGGAGGUGUUCUUGAGAAAGCUGGAAUUGAACCUCAAGUGCAAAGGAUUGGUAAAUAUAAAAGUGCUGGAGAUCAACUAACACGCAAAAACAUGUCUGAAGAAAAUUGUGAGAUGCUGACAGCAUUGCUUGAUGACAUCUAUGGGAAUUGGCUAGAUAAAAUUUCUUUUACCACAGGAAAGAAAAGAGAAGAAAUUGAAAACUUCAUAAAUGAAGGAGUUUUCCAAGUAGAAAGGCUGAAAGAAGGUGGCUGGAUAACAGAUAUAAAGUAUGAUGAUGAGGUAAUGUCAAUGCUGAAAGAGAGACUAGGACUAAAGGCUGAUAAAAAUCUUCCAAUAGUUGAUUACAGGAAAUACUCUAAAGUUAGGAAAUGGACUCUCGGUUUAUCUGGUGGUAAAGAACAAAUUGCUGUAAUCAGAGCCUCUGGAAGCAUUAGUCGUGUACGGAGCCCAUUAAGUGUUCCUAGUUCUGGUAUUAUCGGGGAACAAUUCAUCGAGAAGAUUCGUAGUGUAAGAGAUUCCAAAAGAUACAAGGCUGUUAUCAUCCGAAUUGAUAGUCCUGGUGGUGAUGCGCUUGCCUCUGAUUUAAUGUGGAGGGAAAUCAAGCUUCUGGCUGCCUCAAAACCUGUCAUUGCAUCCAUGGCUGAUGUGGCAGCCAGUGGAGGAUACUAUAUGGCAAUGGCAGCAGCCACUAUAGUUGCGGAGAAUCUUACCUUAACUGGUUCAAUUGGGGUUGUCACAGGAAAGUUUAAUUUGGGUAAACUGUAUGAAAAAAUUGGCUUCAAUAAGGAGAUCAUAUCAAGGGGAAGAUUUGCUGAGCUCACUGCAGCUGAACAGCGACCAUUCAGACCAGAUGAAGCUGAACUCUUUGCCAAGUCUGCACAGAAUGCAUAUAAGCAAUUUCGAGAUAAGGCGGCAUUUUCAAGAUCAAUGCCGGUAGAUAAGAUGGAGGAGGUUGCUCAAGGGAGAGUUUGGACAGGUAAAGAUGCAGCAUCGCGAGGACUGGUUGAUACUAUUGGUGGGCUCUCUAAGGCUGUUGCUAUAGCAAAACAGAAGGCCAAUAUUCCAGAGGACAGACAGGUUAAUCUCGUUGAACUAUCAAGACCCUCCCCUACCCUACCGGAAAUCUUAAGCGGCAUUGGGAAUUCUCUAGUUGGAGUUGACAGAACAUUAAAAGAACUGCUACAAGACUUAACAUCUUCUGAUGGAGUUCAAGCCCGGAUGGAUGGAAUCAUGUUUCAGAAACUGGAGGGAUCUUCAUUUACCAACCCCGUCUUCACUUUGAUAAAAGACUACCUAAGUUCUCUCUGACCUGAGAUGGCUAUUUACUAUCUCCAUCUUAUAAUUUUCUUCUUUCGUGAUGAUAUCAUAGAUAAAUCUUCAGGUAUGGUGAUGGAAAGGAGCAUCAACUGUUAUAUCAACAGGAAGUGAUAUACUUUGCUAAAGAAAAGAAAUUAGAGUUAUUGAGCCCUUUCUUUUCUAUUAAAAUGCCAAUGUAAUGACAAAUGAUUUUUUGUUUACUACUAUGUUUUUUCUUCUUUUGGUUAAGAGUUACACAGAUUCUUAUUGGACUGUUGUAUUCACCUUCUGAGCAUUGUAUUACGCAUUCUGGUCUAAAGAAGAAACAGUUGUAUCAAUUUUUGUUAUGGGAGCUACCCAUUCUGUGAUUUUUUUAAUUAUUUUCCCAA